GAUGUCCAUGUCCUCAAGUUCUUCUAUAUGUGGCGAUGAAGACGGAGAUUUGCUACUCGAUGAAGAGGAGGAAAUCGAUUUUUACGCAAUUCUGAAUGUUCCGAAAGAUGCGACAGAUGAUGAAAUUAUCAAAGCAUACAGAAAGCGAUGUCUCAUGUUCCAUCCUGAUAGAUUUGUCGAUAAUGACGAGAAGAAGGACGCUGAACGAGUUUUUGUGAAACUUCGGAGAGCUCAUGAAGUCUUGCUGGAUCCAAAGCAACGAGCAAUAUACGAUGCUCUUGGAGUUCAAGGCCUUGACACACAGGGAUGGGAGUUGGUUUCAAGAUCUGCUAAUCCAGAAAACAUCCGGAAGGAAUAUGAAUUCCUACAACGUCUGAAAGAUCGAGAAUUGAUGCUCCAACGAGUUCAUCCAACGAGUGCUUUUAUGAUAAAAACGACAAUCGCUGGAAUGUUUCAAGAAAACGAUGAAGAUAGAUAUCCUCCUCAAUUAUUAGGAAUUUCACUAUCUCAAUCUGUUGAUUGUGCAUUUACUGGUGUUGAUCGUUUCGGUCUUUCGGGGAGAGUUAAAACUGGAAAUGGACGUGGAGAUGGAAGUGUUUCAGCUGUUUGGAAACGAGUAGCUGGAAGUUAUAAUCUAGAGAACACUAUUUCACUAUCCGCCGAGUCUGUUUCAUUGACAUGUCGUGCCGCUCGAAAUGUUUUCACCAGAGCUGCAGUGAUCGUACAGCCGCAGUUGCAAUAUAAUAUGCUUCACGAAGCAAUUAUUCCAUCUAUUGCCAUGAUUUACUCAAUGCGGUUGCACACUCGAUGGCAAGGAAGUAUUGUACUGAACAUCUCCCCAAUUGCAAAUGCUCUUACAACUACAAUGGUCCAUACAGAGAAUAAUCAUGCGAAGGCUGUAGGAAGUCUGACGUUAUCUCCAAUUAAUUCGAAUGUUCGUCUAGUUUACUACAUUCGGAAGCCGGAAAAUGAUUCAAUAACCGAAAUGUCUGUUCAAUUGACAACAUAUGGUGUCAAUCCAGCUAUAAGCAUGGAUCGUAGAUUGUCGAGAUAUUCAAGAAUAUCAUGCUCAUUCCAUUUCUCAUUCCCAUCAUGUUUAUUGUAUACGAAAUUCAAAUUAAAAGCUGGACAAUCAACUUUUGACUGGCAAAUUGUGCUCUGUGAUGACAAAGAAGCUCUUUCAAGAAGUGUACUGUAUGGAGUCGCAAUUCCAUAUUUCUCAUUCCAACUUGCUAAAGUGAUCUUCCGUCCAUGGUGGGAAAAGUUUAAAUCAAUGUUUGAGGAUAAUUCUCGUGAACAAGAAGUUGAUGUUGCUAAAAAAGAAGAAGCCGCGAAUAUUGUGAGUUUAAUGAGGGCAACUGCUGAAAGAAUUAAACGAGAUGAAGAAUCAAAACAAGGAGUUAUCAUUGAAAGUGCAAAAUAUGGACAAUGUGAUGUUAGUGGAACAAGAGCUUAUCCAUUGGCUGGAGAACGAACGAUUGACGUCACAGUUCCACUUCAAGCUAUGGUCAAUGACAGUCAAUUGAGAGUUUAUACCGUUAAGAGUCAACUACCAGGAUUCUACGAUCCAUGCCCCGGAGAGCCCAAAAUGCUCACAGUCCGCUACAUUUUCCGUGGAGAAGAGCAUUCUUGCACGGUUGCCGACGAAAUGCCGUUGAUGCUCCCGCUUAGAGCUCACCGCCUGUCCAGCGAAUAAACGUAAACAUUGCGAUGGUUUGGAGUGAGUCAGUCAGCGAAGAAAAACAUCGUCUGCAACCAAGGGAAAUCAUCUCCAACGCCAAAUCUUGUUUUUUUUUUUUGUAUUUGAACAGAUUUCUUUAAAUAGCCCGUUUUUUUGUUUGAUUUGUUCUUUUUUUUAUGUCUUUCUCAUAAUUUGUUUCUCCUUCUGCCUUUUUUAAAAAAAUUAAAUGUAAUCAGAAUGCUCAAUUUUUCUAUUUUUGUUUCUCAGUGUUUUGCUCAAAUCCCAGUACAGUCGACUCUUCUUUUCUUCUUGGUUAUUUAUAUUUGACAACGUGUUUUCUUCUUUUCUUAAUAUUUCAUUAGGAUUCGCUUUUUCAUUAGAUUAGGCUAUAUUUAUAGAUAAAGACCACAAAAAAUAAUAAGAUCUUUUAUAAA